UGCGCAUGCGCAGUUACUCGGCGGGAGUUUCGUAAGUAGGUGGGGAGGCGCGGAACCACGAACCGGACUGACGCGGGAGAGGACCCUCUGCGGUGACGCCGAAUCUACAGAGUUUGGAAAACAAAGAUCCUAAUACCUUCAACGGAACUGGGGCCUAGUGACUCAGAAAGUGAUCGGGAGCUAAGAUAGUUUCUAUGUACUGCGUUCUUGAAGACAGCAGUCAGUGAUAAUAAUCUUGCUGCUGAGAAUCUUGGAGGAGGCACGUGAGGGCAUUUGAAGCACAAGGCCUAUUAUGGGCUAGUGAAGCCCCUGUGAGCCUGGAGCUCGAAUGUGAAGAACAGAUCACCCCAUUUUCCUGUUUUCCUAUUUUCAUCCAGGAUGACUUCAGUGACCAGAUCAGAAGACCAGGAACCAGCGAUGUCCGGGACUCAGGAUCAUCAAUUGCAACCAAGUCUCAAGCCUUUGGAAGCAUUACCUCAAUCAUCUGCCUACCAGGAAAUGAUGACGCAAGGCAUUUCAAAGGAAAGAAACCACCUUGGCUCGAGCCCUGGCGAGGGGAAAGGUGGUAGUGCCGACCACCAGGAGGGACCUCUGUUUCAUUUGUCCCCUCAAGAACAGUCUAUCCGUCAUCAAGACAGGAGGCAGUCCUGGAGACGAGCAAGCAUGAAAGAAAUAAACCGGCGGAAGUCUUUGGCUCCCUUUCACCCAGGCAUCACAGAGCUCAGCAGGUCAAUCAGUAUGAAGUUGGCACAACACCAACGGCUUGGCGCCCUACUGCUCUCCAGCUUUCAGUUCUCUAUUGAAAAACUUGAACCUUUCUUAAAGAACACUAAGGACUUCAGCCUUGACUCUUUUAGAGCACAAGCAUCUUCUCUCUCUGAAGAAUUGAAACAUUUUACAGACAGCCUGGGAAGUGAUGGAAAACUACAAAAAUGUUUUGUUGAAGAGUCAAAGGAAAAAGCACCAGAUUUUUCACUGGAAGCAUCAGUAGCUGAGGUGAAAGAAUAUAUAACAAAGUUUUCUUUAGAGCGUCAGGCCUGGGAUCGUCUCUUGCUGCAGUACCAGAGCGAGGUUCCACCUGAAGAGGUGCCCAGAGGAUCAACUGAAACCAGAAUCACUGAAGUCAAGGUGGAUCCUGCAGCCUACCUCGGGUCUUCCCAGAAGGAAGUUCUUAACACGAAACCCGACUACCAGAGAAUAGUACAAGAUCAGAACCAAGUCUUUGCCUGUAUGGAGUUAGUGAUGGAUGAGCUCCAAGGAUCAGUGAAGCAGCUGCAAGCCUUCAUGGAUGAAAGUACUCAGUACCUCCAGAAGGUGUCAGUACAGCUCAAGAAAAGAAGUAUGGACCAAUUAGAUCCUUCACCUGCUCGAAAACUGCUCAAGCUCCCCCUACAGAGCUCAUCUGCCAUGCAGUGAUCAGGAUCCUGUUAGGGAUCUUACCUCACGGCAGUCAGCUGGAAAGUCCUGGCUGUAUAGCACUUUCACUGUUUCUGAGUGACAGCGUGUAUGUAUCCAGAAGAGUGUGUUAAGGACAUUGUUUUGUGGGGAUGUGCAAGAUGCUUAAAAUGAUCUUCAGAAUCAGUCGUUCAUUGCUCUAAACAUCCUCAUGGUCAGUGCUUUUCAUCCCAUAAAACAAUCCAAAGAGAUCUAGAACCAACCUCAAGGAAAUGUUUUAGGGGCCAAGGUGGGUUGUUGUCAUAAAAGACUGUUGCUAAAGUUUGUGAGUGUGGAACUAAAGAUGGAUUAUAGGAUGUUGUCACAUAAUAGAUGUGUGUGGACACUUUACAGAAUGCCCAUUUUCUGAAGUGUCCUAAUGUCCGUAGAGUGCUUUAGUUUUUAAUAUUGAAUUGACUUUCUGGAAUCUAAAUUCAUGACAAGAAAGGACUGUAAUAACUUAAUUUUUUCCUUUGGGAAUUCCCCUGCCUCCUUAAGAAUUGAACCCAGGGCUUUGUGAGUGCUAGGGAAACACUCUGAUGAAGCUAUAUCUUUAGUCUCCAUGUUUUGGGGUUUUUAAUGUUUAAGUUCUAGUUACUGAAUGGUGCCUGGAACAUCAUAGCCCUAUGAGCUAUAUUUAAAAACCAUGUGUUGUCAUUUCCUGGGCUGAGAUACAGUUACUUAAUCUCUUAUCUAGAACAUUAGAAGGAUGUUAGCAUCUAUGUUGUAAGGACACUGUAAAGAUUUGUUUAAAGAGUAAAAGCCUAGAACAAUGUUAUAGUUUGUUGUUAAGGACUUAAAUGAGUAGACUGUAAUUAUGAGGUGAUAAAGCUACUCUCUAAUAUAGAACGCCACAUGGAGAACUCAAGCAGAUACAUAUAAAGUCUGGAUUCGAAAUAAAUUUAAAAGUUAUGCCUAGUUGUUGAAGUGUACACUA